AGCUGACAGGCCCCGUUCACUGUGCAGACACAUGUUGUUAAGAUCAGAGCUCAGACUUAAGUUUCACUUCUCAGACACUGAAACUCAGACAGUCGUUUGUCACUGAGAGGUGAAAUGGCACAGAAAGGAGUUGAGCUGGAGCGGGAAUCCUUCUCUUGUUCCAUCUGUCUGGAUCUACUGAAGGAUCCGGUGACUAUUCCCUGUGGACACAGCUACUGUAUGAGCUGUAUUAAAACCCACUGGGACAAAGAGGAUGAGAAGAGGAUCUACAGCUGCCCUCAGUGUAGACAGACCUUCACACUGAGGCCUGUCCUGGUGAAAAACACCAUGUUGGCUGAUUUAGUGGAGCAGCUGAAGAAGACUGGACUCCAAGCUGCUCCUGCUGAUCACUGCUACGCUGGAGCUGAAGAUGUGGCCUGUGAUGUUUGUACUGGGAAAAAACUGAAAGCCGUCAAGUCCUGUUUGGUUUGUUUGGCCUCUUAUUGUGAAAAACACCUCCAGCCUCAUUAUGAUGCAGCUCCGUUAAAGAAGCACAAGCUGGUGGACCCCACCAAGAAGCUCCAGGAGAACAUCUGCUCUCGUCAUGAUGAGGUGAUGAAGAUGUUCUGCCGCACUGAUCAGCAGUGUAUCUGUUAUCUCUGCUCUGUGGAUGAGCAUAAAGGCCACGACACAGUCUCAGCUGCAGCAGAAAGGACCGAGAGGCAGAGAGAGCUCGAGCUGAGUCGACAACAAAUCCAGCAGAGAGUCCAGGACAGAGAGAAAGAUGUGAAGCUGCUUCAACAGGAGCUGGAGGCUGUCAAUGGCUCUGCUGACAAAGCAGUGGAGGACAGUGAGAAGAUCUUCACUGAGCUGAUCCGUCUGGUGGAGAAAAGAAGCUCCGACGUGAAGCAGCAGAUCAGAUCCCAGCAGGUAACUGAAGUGAGUCGAGUCAAAGAUCUUCAGGAGAAGCUGGAGCAGGAGAUCACUGAGCUGAAGAGGAAAGACGCUGAACUGAAGCAGCUCUCACACACAGAGGAUCACAACCAGUUUCUACACAACUGCCACUCACUGUCACCACUCAGUCCGUCUACACACUCAUCCAGCAUCAACAUCCGUCCUCUCAGGUACUUUGAGGCUGUGACAGCAGCUGUGUCAGAGGUCAGAGGUCGACUACAGGACGUCCUGACUGAGUCAGAGACAAACAUCUCACUGAAAGUGACUCAAGUGGAUGUUUUACUGUCACAACCAGAGCCCAAGACCAGAGAGGAAUUCUUAAGAUAUUCACAAGAAAUCACACUGGAUCCAAACACAGUAAACACAGACCUGUUAUUAUCUAAGGGAAAUAGAAAAGUAACUUUAAUGACAGAAGAACAGGUUUAUUCUAGUCACCCAGGCAGAUUCACUUAUUAUUGUCAGGUCCUGAGUAGAGAGAGUCUGACUGGACGUUGUUACUGGGAGGUGGAGAGGAGAGGAGACGUUGAUGUAGCAGUCGCAUACAAGAACAUCAGCAGAGCAGGGAGGUCAGAUGAAUGUGUAUUUGGAUUCAAUGACAAAUCUUGGUCAUUGAAUUGUUGUGAAAACAGUUAUGACUUUUAUUACAACGAUAUCAAAACUCCAGUCUCAGGUCCGGUGUCCUCCAGAGUCGGAGUGUACCUGGAUCACAGUGCAGGUGUUCUGUCCUUCUACAGCGUCUCUGACACCAUGACUCUCCUCCACAGAGUCCAGACCACAUUCACUCAGCCGCUUUAUGCUGGAGUUAGGAUUUAUAAUGAUGAAGGAGACACAGCUGAGUUCUGUAAACUCAAAUAGACUUGACUCAUUUAAAGAGCAGUGAUUUUGUUGUUGUUGUUGCUGUUGUUGUUGUUGUGACAUUCGUGCUUUGCACAGAGAUCAGCUGUCAAUCAAACACAGUGGGCGAAGUUCUGACGUCUCCUCAUUCAUUGUUUCUGUUGAUGUUUCCGUCGUAGAAACUGUAAAUAAAAUAAAUUGCUUUUACAAAAGAGGCAUGAAAUUCUAAACUUAAAGUUGAUCCGGGGUUUUGCAGAAUGAAAAGUGAUGUCCUGUAAACAUCCAUAAUAAUGUUCCUUCAUCUUUUGUGUCAUAUCGUUUACCUGCAUGUCAUUUUUUGCAUAUUUUUAUUUUGUGUCAAUAUUACUGUUAUUACUUUUACUUUCCACCAGCAUCAUUGUUUCCUUUGUCAAUGCAGUUUUUAAUUCCAGUUGAAUGAUUGUUAAUAUGUUUUUUGUUUCUCUUUCAUUGUUUUGAAAAAGUACAAAUGUAAUCAUUAUGAGGACCAAUGAGAAGCAUGAUCUUUUAUUUUUAUUUACAGUACAUGUGAAUAUAUUUUUGUGAUUUUUUUUGCAUGGUCACAGUUUUUCUUCCAUAAAUGUAAAUAUGAAAUUAGUGGGAAAUUCUAUUAAGGGCUGUAACUAAAGAUUCCUUUUAUUAUUAUUUAUCCUGUCCCUGAUUUAAUCAACCAAUCAAUCAAUCUGUUCCACGGCACAAGACAAUAUCCAACUCACUGUUCAUUUUACAUCGAUACAAAUGUGAGAGGAAGAAAACAAAUUUCCUCACCUUUGAGAACUACAGUACCAGAGGACGCGUAACAUUUUUGCUCGUAUUUCUUGAUUUUGUUUUCAUUGUGUGCAAUCAUAUCAAUAUUUUUUUUCAAACUCUGCUUGUAAUAAGUUGUCAAUCAUCUAUGGUAAUAAAUUCAAACUCUACAUUCA